AGCCCCCAGACGGUUGAUCUACCUUUUCUUUACAAAUUCUUCCUUCCAGUCCCCGAUUGAGAGCUAUUAAAAGGGCAUGCUUAGUCGCUCUAACUGUAAAAAGGCUUCUGAAUAAAGACAAAGCCUGUUGCCUGCGUUCAUUAAAGGCGAGUCUCGCAACACGUAACUGUCAGCAAUUAUCCUAGGCGACAUACCAUUUUCUUCUACCUUUUCACCGCUUAAAGUGUCAACAAAUUCCCAAAGGGACCUUGAGAUCAGGUUUCAAAGGGCAUGCCACCUUCAUCUCCGAGCAAAACCAGUACAUCCUCCCUCUCUCUCGAUUCCGUUCAUUCUGGGCAAUCGUCGCUGUCAAUUGGCUCGAACAACUCCCAGCAAACACACAGUCCUACAAAGUCACUGCGGUCGAACAGUUUUCAGACUCGGACCCAGAGCCCUGUCUACACACCGCCAACACGCAACCAGCCAUCCUCUUCGAGAUUUCUCCCAGACCAGCGUGCCAGCCAAAGCCCCCCUGCCGCUAACGUCAGCCAAAAUUAUCAUCAGCAGUUAAACGCUUCUCCGUCUUCGUUAUCCAUGCUCCCUACUGGGUUUGCGAGCCUUCACGUGGGUAUCGGCUCGCCAAAGUUGGAGUUUGGACGAGAAUGGCCUGGUACAGGUAGGCGACAGAGGGAGAGCAGUCUGGGACCGGAGGCGCUGGAGAACGACCGGUUGAUGCGAGAGAGGGCGGCACAAGAACAGAGAAUAAUGGAAGAAAUUGGCAGUGGGAGGGAAGACGAGGAGAGAGGUGGAUAUGUGGACAAAGUCUCUGGCUUGCCCAGUCCUCCCGGCACCGAAAGUGACAUCGCCCCUCCGGUUGAAACAAAUCACUCCCCAUCGGGGAACGGGAAUGAUGCAUCAGCGAGAUAUGAACAGCAAACAUCCUUGCCACAGCAACCCCAGUAUCAAUCGCCUCCAUCAAGACCCGUUCCUUCAUCUUCUUCCUCUCGCCGUCUUUCCCGUCGUACUUCGUCAUACUCUGGUUCAUCUACCAUCCACCCCCCCGAAUUUGCCGCCCAGCAGGCCCGCCCCCAUCAAAACUCCUCUCAGCAUAACAGUUCGGCCUCAAUGUCAAUGUCCCGAUCUAGUUCUUCAACAUCUGUUGCUCGUCAAUCCGGACCAUUAUCUGAACAAAGAAGAGCUGAGAUCUUUGGCAGGUCAAGGAAAAGUCCGGUUUCGGAGCUUACAAAGGGUCAGUCACAUAGUGCGAAUCAGAGUUUUGAGAGUAGCGGUAGUCCGUCGUCCCCUAGGAGACGCGGGGGACCACCACCAUUAGACCUCUCACCAUCUUCUUAUUCUCAAGCGUACUCCCCAGAAGCGAAUGGGACUGCCAAGCCUAAGUUUCCGCCUGUAGCCUAUAAUAACAAGGUUAGAGAAUUACCCCAUCGACCUCGUUCUUCAUCUUCCCGUCGGCAAAUUACAGAAUCUAUAAAAACAUCGGUUCAGGUGGACGACGAUCCAGAACAAAAACAACGCGGUCGCCGAAAGUCCCAGGGUGAGGUACUGGAUGAAAAGAUUGAUGAGGUAGAAGAGAAGAUUGCCCAUAUACGGGUUAGUCCUCCUAAACGUCAGUCAAUCGAUAUCGCUUCAAACACUACCACUACCCCUUUGCGGGAAAAUGUAAGACAGUAUACGCCAGACUCUUAUGGUGAUCGACUGCCAGGUACUCGGGCAUCGCCACUUGUUGCAAACACACAAGCCGGCAGGUUGAUGACGCGAUCUAUGGACCUGGAGACAGCUAUGGAAAUGGUUAAUGGCAAUAGUCUUCUCAAAAACGGAAGCUAUGAGCAUGAAUAUGAGGAAGAAGAAAGAAUGAAAAAUGGGGAAAGGAGCGGUGGUAGUGGCGGCAGCAGACCGAGAAAGGCUUUGCCAACGGAUUUCAGGAAUGGUAGCUUUUUUACUCCGAAUGCGCAGAAAACCGCUUCAUCGCAACCCUCCAACGAUCCUGCACCCUCAACGCGGUCCCGUCUCCGUCAAAUGAUCGAUUCACCUGCGCAUUACCAUUCCCCAUCACCCCUCUCGUCUCGCUUCUCAACCACAUCCCGUCUGGCCCGUGAAUGCGAUCCCGUUAGAUCCCCUUCUCGGGCUUCACACCGCGCAGAGGGUCUCGAGCAUUCUUCGACCAUGUCUGGUUUCAGAGGCGAUGAUCCGUUGAGCUAUGCACGAAGAGGAUGGUCGCAGUCGAUAUCGGGUUUACCGCGUUCGAUUGAUGUAGGAUUGGAUCAGAGAGGAUUGCCGAGAGAGUUGGAUCGGUUUAUGCCCGAGAGUGUGUUGGACAAUGUAGACGAUAAGUCGCGAUACCAUACACGAACGAGCACCGUCACCAACAAUGCUCUUGGUCAAACGAGAGAAACAAAAGUUCGUAGAGGAGUGAGCAUGCUCAUCAGUGAAAGAGAUUUAGCGAAUGCCAACCUAGACUUUGGCCGUCGUUUCAAUUCGAUUGCACCUGGCGAUUCUGUCUCUGUCAUUGGUACCAAGAGCGAGCGCGACACGAGCAAGGAAAAAGAAAAGGACCCUCUCGACGUCAUUCGCCGACUUGAGGAGCAACGCGUCGAAUCCAAACGACGUUGGGAGCACAUGCCCCGUUCAUCAACAUCCAUGUCUUCUAUGCGCGACAUCUACCACAACCCCUAUCCCCGGAAAAUGCCUGUAUCUGCUGAUGUAAUCAGGCAUCGAAGAAGCAUGGAGCACGAUGCACCUGCAAGCCCUUUGUAUGGCCGAGGAGGAGGAUCGAGGUUGAGUAUGAUAGGUCCCAGGGGAUUGCCGAUGCCGGCGACAGAACCGAGACGUCAGAGGAGUUAUACGAGUCUUGGUGGGAGGUCGAGCGCGGCUUUGGGUUUGGAUCAUCGCAUGACGAGCUCAAGCGAGCAUGGUAAAUUAUUGUCCGAGGCGUAUCGAUCGUUGGAAAGCAAAUUAACUCAGGAUGGUUUGGGCACUGAGAUCCUCGGUCCUCUGGGUUCGGCGACCAAGGCGUCGGAAAGUGCGAACACUGUUUUGCAAGCGGCCUUCAACCUUGUGAAACAGAUCAGCUUGGACGCGGUGGUGGAUGAGGACUCGGCAAAAGUGCGGGAGGGGUACAAGGCGCUGACAAUGCUUCUCCGCGAUGCUGGACGGGCGAGUGACCAAAACGUGAGGGACAUGACACGAGUCAUGCUUGAUCUGCCGAAACUCUUGCGACACUCUAACGGACAUGGGGUGUCACCAUCUACACCCUCCGGCUCUGUUCGUCCCCGUCGCUCAGCGUCGCUCGCAAAUUCCCUAGCCCAUGAAUCCCCUCGCUACGGCUCAGCAGGUGAUGAGAGACCUAGAAGGUGGACGCCGUCAGCCGCCUCGGUGUAUAGCGAAGCAGGGACGUAUGAGCCAUCCCCGCUGUACAACCAGGUUGGUGCCAGUACUCCACGACGAAGCUUUGAUGUCCUCCGUGCAUCCACUUCCAUGGGCGAUUCCUACUCGCCUCUUUCCGCACGUUCACCGCGAGAACGACCGGCCUCGGCUGUAUCGUCAUUGAUGAGCAAAGUGAGGAAUAUGGGUCGUACACCGAAAAGGGGCCCACUCUCUCCGAAGCCAGAAUUGGCGACUAUUGAGCAGUCCCCGGACCAGCUUCCUACACCACAGGUACCCACGCAGCCCUUCCCCGUCCUUUCACCCCUCCCGCAAUCGCCCUCUCAUUCUUCACUCGCUCUUUCCCGUAGCUCGCAUUCCUCCCUCUCACGUUCCCAAUCUGUUUCCCCCGAGAAACUCAGUCCGGCUAAACCAAGUCCCGAAAGACCGAGUCCAAACAUCUUGAAAAAGAAACCAUCUGUUGCAUCAAACCACACCGUCAAAGCUUCUUUCCCCUCUCUUCCGUCUGCCUCUCGAGGGAAGCCAACGACAGCGAUCAGCCAGGUGACAGCAGGAGAUUUGAGUCCAGAGACUGAGGCAAUGUCAAUCCGCGCUAGGACGACGUUCGGUCCUGAGGAUGAGCCUAAUUCGCCUAUGAGCCGGUUCAGUUUCCGAUCAUCGCAUCAACGUAUGGGGUCGAGAGAUGAAGGAGGUAGUGAAAAUGGUGAAGGGGAGACAGGCUGGGCGAGGGAAAGGAGAGAUAGUGGAUUUGAGAAUGAUGCGGUUUCGAUUUUAGAGCAGAAUUUGGUAUUGGCGGCCAAGGCUCGGGAAGAAGGCGAAAAUCGAAAGAAGGAAAGGGGAACUGAAGGAGAGAGAGAGGAAGAGGGCAGAACUAAGCGAAUGACGGACAGAUUAAAAGCUAGUUUGAGAAGGAGCUCAAAUAAACAUCCAGGGGAUGUGUGAAUGGGAAACGCUGUUGAUAAUGCUGCGUCUAAACACACUUCAAAAAUUCUAAGGUGCAAAUCAGAUCACAUACAUCUAUGCAAAUUUCAUUGGUUCCAUCAGAACGAA